GCCUCGUCCAGCUCCGGCAGGCGGCGGGCCCAGGAGCGCAGCGCAGCUCAGCCCUAUCCGCUAGCGCGAACUGAGCUGCUAGCCUAGCGCUGCCGCCGAAAGGCGGUGAUGGAGGCAGGUGCUGCCGGCCGCACCAUGGACUGGCCGCGCCUGCUGCUGCUGCUGCUCCUAGGGGUGUCCCUCGGAGGUGCCCAGGAGCCAUGUCCCACAGGCCUGUACACCCACAGUGGCGAGUGCUGCAAAGCCUGCAAUGUGGGGGAGGGCGUGGCCCAGCCCUGCGGAGCCAACCAGACUGUGUGUGAGCCCUGCCUGGACAGUGUGACGUUCUCCGACGUGGCGAGUGCCACCGAGCCGUGCAAGCCGUGCACGGAGUGCGUGGGCCUGCAGAGCAUGUUGGCGCCGUGCGUGGAGGCCGACGACGCCGUGUGCCGCUGCGCCUAUGGCUACUACCAGGACGAGAUCACCGGCCUCUGCGAGGCGUGCAGCGUUUGCGAGGCGGGCUCGGGCCUCGUGUUCUCCUGCCAGGGCAAGCAGAACACCGUGUGCGAGGAGUGCCCUGAUGGCACGUACUCCGACGAGGCCAACCACGUGGACCCGUGCCUGCCCUGCACCGUGUGCGAGGACACCGAGCGCCAGGUCCGCGAGUGCACGCGCUGGGCAGACGCCGAGUGCGAGGAGAUCCCUGGUCGUUGGAUUACACGGUCCCCGCCCCCGGAGGGCUCAGACAGCAUGGCCCCCAGCACCCAGGAGCCCGAGGUCCCUCCAGAACAAGACAUCAUAGCCAGCACGGUGGCAGAUGUGGCGACCACAGUGAUGGGCAGCUCCCAGCCCGUGUUGACCCGAGGCACCACUGACAAGCUCAUCCCUGUCUACUGCUCCAUCCUAGCUGCUGUGGUUGUGGGUCUCGUGGCCUAUAUUGCCUUCAAGAGGUGGAACAGCUGUAAGCAGAAUAAGCAGGGUGCUAACAGCCGGCCUGUGAACCAGACGCCCCCACCUGAAGGAGAAAAACUCCACAGUGACAGUGGCAUCUCUGUGGACAGCCAGAGCCUGCAUGACCAGCAGCCCCACACGCAGACGGCCUCAGGCCCUGCACUCAAGGGUGACGGAGGCCUCUACAGCAGCCUGCCCCCAGCCAAAAGGGAGGAGGUGGAGAAGCUGCUCAACGGCUCUGCUGGGGACACCUGGAGGCACCUGGCGGGCCAGCUGGGCUACCAGCCUGAGCACAUAGACUCCUUCACCCACGAGGCCUGCCCUGUCCGUGCCCUGCUUGCCAGCUGGGCCGCCCAGGACAGCGCGACGCUCGAUGCCCUCUUGGAUGCCCUGCACCGCAUCGAGCGACCCGACAUUGCGGAGAGCCUGUGCAGCGAGUCCACGGCCACGUCCCCUGUGUGAGCCCACCAGGGAGUCCCUGCCCUGCCCCCACGUUCUGAGGAUGGAUGCUCCAGCCAACCCCCAUGGAGCCCAUCCCCCCUGGGGUGGGCCAGCCUGGCAGAGCUGAGCUCCUCUGGGCAGGGCCUCGAGCCCAGGCCCCCAAACCACAGCCCUGUCGCUGCUCCUGUGUGGCCCCCUCGCUUCUGAUCACAUUCCCUCUCAAGCAAGAGAAGGGAGCCUCCCCACCCCUGCCUCUCGCCAUCUUGGGCCUUCUCCUUCCUUCUCCCCACUGCUGGGUGGGCCAGCCCCUCCCACCUAGCAGGUGUCCUAUCUGGGGGUCUGACGCCAGGGAUGGUAUUGGCAGUGGUGACAAGCCCCCAGAGACUCAGAAAGAGGUACUAAGGAACCAGAGCCAUGGACUCUACACUGUGAACUUGGGGAACGAGGGAGCAUUCUAGUGGCCUAAACCCCUCCAACCCUCCUGCUCCUCCCUUCUGGCCUAAGAGGAAGAGGAUCAGAGAGUCCUGUCUGUGCUGGAAGCAGGUUUGAAAGCCAGUCCACCCCCUUCCUUUUAUACAUAGGCCCAGAGAGGCAGAGACUUCCCAAAGCACCCAGCAAUGGUGAGGUCAAAUACAGGCUGACACUAUCCUCUUGAAAUGAGGGACCUUAGGUUUUUCUUGAGGCUGGGUGAGGGGGAUCAGGUGACCUUCAGGGAAAUGUCUUGAAGCCAAGUUCAUUCCAGCCUCCACCAUCUCCAGGCCCCUAACCCCUGUGGAGAUGGAUGCCUGCCCUCAGCUGGCCCACUGACAUCCUGAUGGAGUCAGGUCUGGGGCUGGGGAAAGGGGUUCCACCUCCCUCUUCCUGUUCCCACUCAGGCUUAUCCAUGGGAAGUGGCCUUAGUAUAUUGGUGCCCUCUGCCCUGGCACAGACCUGGAGCCAACACUGGCCCCUAGAAUCAGCCCUAGGGGUCAAGGACUAAGGACCCCCCACUUCGCACUGUGAGUGUGCACAGGAGUACGCAUGCGCACGCGCACAUGCACACCCGGGAUGGGUCAUUUUGCUUUUCUCCACAAGUUUUUUCUCUCGGGCCGAGACUGAAUUCUGUCAGGACCAUUGCCAGAGAAGCAGGAGAGGGAGCUGAGCUCUGCUGGGGCGGUCUUCCUUCGCCCCCAGGUUUGGCCGGCCGUGGACCCACCGACCGCUGAGGCUUGAGCUGGCGUCUGUCUGCCAAGGGCCUGUGCGUGGAGGAAUGCACCCCAUCCUCCCCUUUCCAAAGCACGGGUUUGGCUGGGCCCAGAAGCUUGCAGUGAAGAAAAGUGGGCCAGUGGGGGUUAGGAUACAAGAAGGGACACAGUGGGACCGGGAGGACCCUGUGAGGGAAUGUUUUCCUUAGCAUAGCCAGAAAGGGACCACAAGGUCUCACUGACGUCUUAGCCCCUCCCUGGCCUUUUGUGGUUUGCUUGCUGUUGGAAUGAGUGCGGCUCCCCCUAUAUUUAGCAUGAAGGAGCCCCAGGCAAGGUGUGCUCGGACCGCCACCCCUCCCUCAUCCAGGGUUCUCCCAACCCUGCGUAAGGGACUAGGAGCAUUGCACGUGAUGGCAUUUCGUCGACCUUAAUCUGCGAUGAGAGGAGGGACCCCACCUGCUGGCCCCUCACCUGAGCACCUGGGGAGUGGGACAGUCCGAAUGUAUUUAUUUUCCUCCCCAGCGGCAGGGGAGGGGGUGGGGAGCCGCGAGUAUGUUUUAGCAUGUGUUGGUUCUGGAGCCCCUCCUGCCUCCCUUUGGGCUGGGAUUAAACCCUUUUGACCCUACAGCUGGGGACUGAGCUCCAGACCCCCCCUGUCACCCUCCCUGUCACCUCCUCUUUGCAUCCUGUGUAAUCAUUUCUUGGGCCCUCCUGAAACCUACACCUAAAACAUAAGUGAUGAGCAUUAAAUAGCAAAGAGAAAAAAAUA